ACACACAUAGUCGCCAUCUUGUCUGCGGAAACGAGGUGAGGAGGAAAGAGGACGAAGAAGAAAAAGAAGCAGCAGCAGCAGCAGCGGCGGCAUUUGCUAAACUCCGUGAAAGCUCCGGUAAAAGUGGAGCCCCGUCGGUGUGAGCAGUGAGCGGGGGAGUUGAUGGACUGUCUGCUGCUCCGUGGUUGUUAUGUUACCGACAAGGCCGCUGUGAACCUCCCCUGCUCUUUCGGCUCAAAGAUGGACGACAGCGCGGCGAGGGAAGACGCCCGCCGGGAGUACCAGUCCUCGCUGGAGGACCUGACGUUCAACAGCAAACCGCACAUCAACAUGCUGACCAUCCUCGCCGAGGAGAACCUCACCUUCGCCAAGGAUAUCGUCGCAAUUAUUGAAGCACAAAUAAGCAAGGCCCCAUCCAUCGAGAAGCUUCCGGUUUUGUACUUAGUGGAUUCCAUAGUGAAGAAUGUUGGAGGAGAGUACCUUGCUGUGUUUGCUAAAAACCUAAUCACUUCAUUUAUAUGUGUCUUUGAAAAGGUGGACGAAAGCACUCGGAAGAGUCUGUUCAAGCUGCGCUCAACGUGGGACGAAGUGUUCCCGCUAAAGAAGCUGUACGCGCUAGACGUGCGUGUCAACGCGCAGGACCCCGCCUGGCCCAUCAAGCCGCUGCCACCCACAGUCAACGCCAGCAUUCACGUCAACCCCAAGUUCUUAAAGCAGUCUGAGGAGGCGCCCUCUCCACAGCCGGCUCCCUCCAAGUCCCCAGCGGUGGUGAAAGUGGCAGCGGUGGCGCCGGCGGCAGCCGUGGCAGCACCGGCAGCAGCGCCGGCUCCUCAGCCGGUUCCUGCCGUGAGUCAGUCCAGCGUGACCCAGGAGCAGCUGAUCCGACAGCAGCUUCUGGCCAAACAGAAACAGCUCCUGGAGCUUCAGCAGAAGAAGAUCGAGCUGGAGCUGGAGCAGACCAAAGCUCAGCUGGCUGGUGGCUUUGUGUUACCAACGCUCGCUCCCGUCUCGGCCACACCCACGAUGAUACCAAAACCUGUCGGCCAGACUGCCCCCGUUGUGCGACCCUGGAUCCCUCCUCAGACCGAGGCGGACACAAAACCGUCCACCAGAGAUCCGCGCCUGAACCGCACCGGCACCCCCACUGCCUCCCUGGCUAAAGAGCAGCCCGCUGUGAAAAAGGACGGACAGCUAAUAACAGGGAGUGCUGCUCUGACGCCCGAGAAAUCCGCCCGGCCAGACAAAGCCAGGGUCCCCAGGAAGGAGGCAGCGGAGGACAAACCCAAGUCCAAGUCUCCGUCUCCGAUGGCCAAAAGUGUCCAACUGAAAAACAAACAGGCUGAGGCUGAGAAGUCACAGGACGGCACCAAGAAAGACCCCAGGCUCAAGAAGCGACCAGACAAAUCCGGAGACGCCAAAGACGAUGAGUCAAAGGUGAAGAAGAGGUGUGUUGACAAGAAGGACAGAGAGGAGGUGGGGCCAGGAGCGGAGCCUCAGAGGACAAGCAAAGGGAAGUCGGUGAACGGCUUGGUGACAAAGCGGGACCGGGAGGAAUCCUCCGAGAAGGCAGAGUUUAAGAGCGGAGGCAACGCUCGGACACAUUCGAGGAAGCGCACCCGCUCGCGGUCCAGGUCGCGCUCGCCACCCGUCUCGCCUAAGAGGAAGGACAGGCGCUCGCCUAAGAGCAGGGCCAGGAGCAGCUCGCUGUCCCCGUCGCCGUCUCACAAACCUGGGAAGCCACGGAGGGUCCGCGCCGACGAGCUGCCGCACGGCAAGCCGGGCAGAGACAACCGGCUCCCGCCCAAGAAGAGCCAAUCGGAGAGCAGCAGGAGGUCGAAGCGACCGCUUGAGGACCGCCACGCCGAGUCCAGAGACUCUCACUCGCCGCGGAGCCACGACGGUGGCAGCAAGGAGACGAAGGAGGCGCUGCACCGCUGGAGGAGCGCCUGGGAGGAGAAACGAGUGAAGUUGUCAGACGACACGCACGUGAAACCCGGACCUCAGAGACACAAACCGUACAGCACCCCGACGCGGCCCACCACACCCCGAACCCCGAAGCACCGCCUCAGCGUGGACGCGGACAUGCAGAUUCCUGAGGUCCUCAGCUCCGCCUCCAAGAAGGACCUUCUAAGGAGGGCCAGUCAGCGUUUGGAGAGUGGCGAGAUUUCCCGGGAGGACUUCCUAAACAUGGCGCACCAGAUCAAACACUUCUUCCAGUAUCAGGAGGAAAAGUUGCAGCGCUCGGACAGCUGGGACGACUCCUGCGACUUUUCACCCAAGAAGCAGCAGCAGCCACCGCUGCUGCCGUCACCGCCCUCUGCUCAGCCCUGCCCCCAGGAUGGAUUGAACGCAGCGGAGCUGUCGUACUACGAGCACAAGUCCAAGCUGAGGAAGACGCAGGUCACUCACCGGAUGGCCGGUCAGGAGUGGGAGGGCGAUGAGAGUGUACAGGACGGUGAGGUGGCGGCUCAGGGCGAGAAGAUGGGCGGUGGACGCGGCACUGAAAACGCACCGUCCCAUAAAUACAGCCGGACGCCACGAGACAGACCAGAUGAACGACGGAGUAAAGAGCGGGAAGAUCCACAUCCUCCGCAAGGCCCCAUGAUCGAGGAGUACAACCACGGCAAAGAGUUCCCCACGCUGAAAUCUCUGCCGAACCUUCGCUUCAGGAGAAGAGCUGACCCCAGAGAGCCCAGUGAGAGAGAGUGGAACUCGCCACUGACCGAGCGCCAGCGCUACGACGAACGCGAGGAACAGAAGAGUGGGUACGAUGCUCCACGCAGGUACCCGGUUGACUCCAGGCACCCUGACCCUCGGAGACCAGAGGGACCCCUGCCAUCUGGCACUGUGGUCCACAGGAACUGCCCGAGCCCAGGUGCUCCAGACGCCCCUGCCCCGAGGUUUGAGCGUGAACGCCUCUCACCUCUUCACCAAAAAGACUCGGUUGAGAUGAGCCCGGUCCCACGCUUUGAGAGCCCCAACAGCGAGCACAGUGAUGACGUGCCUCUCAGUCUUGACGUUGCCCUCCCUCCACCAAAAUCCAUCCUCAAGGCGCCAGCCCGCGUAGGCCCGCCGUCUGCUGUCCGACAGCACACAAACUCACCAGCACACACGCCACCUCACGAAGGAGGUCACCCUCCCUCGAGGUUUGAUGGGCUCGAUCCCAUGGGCCCUCCCAGACCUCACCCUCCCGGCUGGUAUGAUGACUCGGCGCAGUUUGAUGGGCCUCCCCACCAGGGGCCCGCCAGGUUUGAUGGUGGCAGACCGCCUCAUCUCAACAUACCAGAGAGGUUUGAUGGUCCAAUAAGAGGCGGAGACUCGAUGGGCAGAUUUGAAGGUCACCCACAGGGUCCUGGGAGGUUUGAUGGCCCCAUGGGCCAACAGCCCCAGGUGCGGUUUGUGGGCCCGGGACCAGGGCCUGGUCACUUUGAGGGCCCCAUGCAACACUUUGAACCACGGCGUUUUGAAAACAACAUGGCUCCUGGACCAAUUGGCUUCCAGCAGCAGCGGCCCAUGCGCUUCGAGGGCCCUCCAAACCAACUGGGCCCCAUGAGGUUUGAAGGUCAGAAUCGCUUUGAUGUUCCGGGACAGUCGGGACCCCGUUACGACAUACCCAAUGUAUCCCAUCAGAACCACCCACACUUUGAGGGGCCACCCAGGUUCUCCUCCCAACACAACAUGCAGCCUCCCAUGCGGCAGAUGGCGCCGUCUGUUUACGAAAACCCCCAGGUGCCGCAGCAGAACUUCAACAUGGCCCCACAACGGUUCCCAGAGUCCAUGAGCCUUGCUUUCCCCGCGGGGCCCAUAGUGUUCCCAGCACAGCCAAACCUGCAAAGAGGGAACUACAACAUGCAGCCGGUGCCGCCAUUCAGCCAGCCAGGCCCCGCCUCCUUCUUCAGCACAGCUGCCUCCACUGUCGGCGUACAGCAGCCGGUGAACAUGAUGUCCAACGUGAACCAGCCUUUCCUGCCUCAGAGCGCCGUGCCUUUCACACCACAGCCGCUGCCUCCGGAGAACCACUUUGGUCAGGUUGACGUUAACGACCUGCUCACCAAACUCAUCUCCACCGGAAUCAUCAAACCCUCGCAGCCUGAUGUGGUGCCGGCCGUGCCGGCCGAGUCGUCUGCCGUCGUGACUCCGGCAGCUGCGCCGGUGGAAGAGGAGGAAGAGGAGGAGCAGGAGGUGGAGGAGGAGGAAGACGACGUCCCGGACCUCACCAGCUUUACUGUGGACGACCUAAAACAGCGCCACGAGACUGUUGUGACGAAGCUGUACUCAGGGAACCAGUGCUGCCUGUGCAGCAUGAGGUUCACCGCCGCGCAGACCGACAUGUACGCCGACCACCUGGACUGGCACUUUAGACAGAACCACGCGGGCAAGGUGGCGAGCAAGAAGGUCACACACCGGCGCUGGUACUACAGCCUGAGGGACUGGAUCGAGUUCGAGGAGAUCGCAGACCUGGAGGAGCGAGCCAAGAGUCACUUCUUUGAGAAGGUGAACGAGGAGGAGGUCCAGAAGAACCAGGCGGCCGCCAAGGAGAAGGAGUUCCAGAGUGUCAGAGCCACCAAGGACCAAGUGGGAGAGUCGUGUGAAAUCUGUCAAGAGCCGUUUGAGACGUACUGGGUGGAAGAAGAGGAGGACUGGUUUCUGAAGGACGCUGUGAGAGUGGACGACAAGAACUUCCAUCCCGCCUGUUUUGAAGAUUAUAAAAAUACGACAUAUGUCGAUGCGACGCCGUCGCCCAACAAGCUGCUCACCGAUCAUCCGCUCGGCUCCUUCGUGAAGACCGAGGAAGACGUGGAGGAAACUUCCUGCGCUGUUGCUGCCGCCGUCUCAGUCAAACAGGAAGUGGUGCCCGAGGCCGCCGAGCUCCCUGAUAUGAAGAAAGAGGUGGAGGAUUUCACAGAAGAAGUAAAACCGGAGGAGAGUAAAUCGUGAACGGCGUGCGCGCUGCUGCUAAUAAUGCGCCGUCAACGCUGUUUUAGCGUUCUGGGGGAGGGGAGGGAGGGGCAGAGCUUGCAGCGACGUAACUGGUCAAUACAUUUUUGUAUUUGGAUUCUUACACGACCAUUUCAGGUCAUCUCCUCUGUGUGAACUGAUCGUACAAUGAUUUGUUGAAAUGAUUUAAUUUAUAAAUUAAAAAGUAUUUUUGGAAUCUGUUGUUGUGACGGUGUCUGAACGAGCGUCGCUUUGUUUCCCUUCAUCUCGUAGUUUCAGGUGUUUUACGUUUGAAUGAGCGUCUCCGGCGGGCGGCUUUAAAAAAAAAAAAGGUAAGCAUCAUUGCCAUUGAAGACAAACUCCGCCCACUCAUCAGGAUUGGUUCACUCUGAAGAUGCUGAUUCAUUUGUUUUUGUUUUUUUGGUGAGGGUUUUUUCUUCGUCCCUCAUUUUCAAUAAAUAAAAAAGUCUGAAACGUGUUUGUGGAUGAUGAUUUCCCUCAAAAUAAAAGCUUGUCUGCGUUAAAACAA